CUCCGAGUCAUCAUGGAAAUUUCGAACAAGUGCGCAUCUCUAAAGCAUCAAUCUUCUAGCGCAGUUUCAUUGUGGUGUUCUUACGCAGAUACAUUUCGUAAGAAGACACCUCGAAACCCUGGCUAUAUUUGACAAUUUCUGGGCAAUGCAAUGGGUACUCACGCAGUGGCCGUACGGGCAUAAAAAGUAACCAUUGAAAGGUCAAUCGUUCCUCACGAACAUGGCAUCACUUCUCAAAGUUCCAUUUAUUCUCUCGUCUGCUAUCGCACAACAGGUAGCGUUUACACCUCCAAACAUCGCCUCGGGUGAAGAGACUAUUCCCCAAACGUUCAAUGAGCGGGUGCUCACUCGGGUUAUGGCAUAUGGGUUUCCGACCAUGAAAGCACUUUACUGGAUUCUUUCUUUCACAGAGGUCGUUAUCAUUGCCUCUCAGACAGCAGACUCUUUCAAGUCCGUUAUACAAGCCAUUGCACAACACGCGGCCGGUCACGGGAUUCGUGACACGCCUAUCACUUUCCCUUUCAUCUUGGGCACCACACUUACUGUCGCAGGGGGUCUCGGCCGUUGGUGGUGUUAUCGCACCCUCGGUCGCUUUUUCACAUUCGAACUCAGUGUUCGCAAAGGACAGCAUAUUGUCACGACAGGACCAUACGCUGUCAUACGCCAUCCAGCAUACACAGCAGGUAUCACGCAGCUGAUCGGGAUGGUGAUGCUACACGGAUCGCCCACUUCGUGGCUUAGACACUCCGGAGUUCUAGAUAUUCCUGGACUCAAAUUGGCUGUGAUGUCAUGGCUUGUGGGGGUGACAUUUCUUGCGAUAGGCUCCGUGCUCAGGGUCAGCGAAGAAGAUGAAGCACUGAAAUCGGCUUUCGGAGACGAGUGGGCGAGGUGGGCGAAGGUGGUCAGGUACCGACUGAUACCUGGCAUCUAUUGACCCAUCGCACUUGACAUCAUGGUGUUUUGUGAUGGUUACAACUAUUCAAACAUUCACCGUCCAAUCUUAGAACUAUCAUAUGUAGACACGCUAGUGCAAGCUAAGACCAUUGCUCCCUUCCAUCCGAAAUUAGAAGAGAUUCAUCUCAAAUUUCGGAUUUCAUUCUACGAUAACGCUCGGUUUCUUUUUUGGUUAACGGUGGUGAGACGUGCAAUAGAUUUCGUA